CCUAAUAUGUAUUGACAACAUUAUUUAGAAACGGGCUCUGUUGCUUUGUGUGAUUUUGGUCAUUUUUAAGUGCACGGGCAAGCAAGUAAUGCUUAGAUGGACCUACAAAAAGUUUCGUAACGGUAGUUUUAAAACUACUUGAUAUAGAAACUUGAUACUGAUCAUGAAUAUACUUAUGUACAUUGUAAUAUAUGGGAACUGAAAUUUCAAGUGUAUCAAAAUCUGCCAUUAAAAUAGAGUUACUUACAAUUUCGCAAUAUCAACAUAUAAGAGUGGUAGAAUCGAGAUUUCAAUAAAAAGUCUUUUACCUACCUCGGAAUCGUGAGAUGCAUGUGUAUGUGUAUGUAUGAGUAUAGAUUUGUAACCAAGGAAAACACUGCGAACACAUUUGUAAAUUUGACAACAUAUUCUUGUACGAAUGCGAAAACAGAAAAAGAUGGAACCAGGCAGUGAUCUUAACUUCAAGGCAAAGAAAACUUCAGAAAAACUGUCUGAAAAUGUACAUAUAUUCGCCAAUGACCCAUCAUUAGCUUUCUUUCGAAUUCAGGAACACAUUCGUAAGGUUCUGCCUGCUAUUCUAGAGAAACGAGCCGAAGUUCUCAGCUUACAAAGCAACCUACAAGGACAUUGCUUCGACAUGGAAUAUGGUGUGCAAGCACUCAAAUCGAUAGAGAAAUCUGAAAAUACUUUUUAUAAUAUACAAGAAAUUCUGAAGACUUCCAUCUUUCUUAAACAACAACUAAAAUAUGAAGAAAGUAGGAAGAAAACUAAGAAGGAAAGCAUCAAAAAUUCGGUGUAUAAAAGAUUUUCAGCGCAUCUCGCAUUAGAGCUUCCAGAUUUGCCCGAUUUCAGUGGGGUGAUGCGCGACACUACCCAACGAAUGGAGACAAUAAUAGCAACUGGACAAGGACUAACAAAUAUUUCAACUACUCAGUCCAAUUCGACUGAGCUUCAAAGGUCUCACACAACAUUACAUUAGUUACUUAUCAAAUAAAUAUCAAUAUUAAAUGUUCAAAAGUAA